UUAUAUUGUAUACACUACACCUCCCAUUCUCCAUUUAUUCAUUUUUACUCUCUCUUUCUCUCCCUCUCCCUCACACAACAUGAGGAACACUUGCAACUUGGAACUUUGCCUUUUCCCUCCCUCCAUCUCCCAUCUUCGCCCCUUAAUGGAAGCAGAAGCGAGUGAGAGCCCACAACAACAGGAGCCUCAGCGACCACACCAAUAUCAUCCCUUCACUGUUUUCUAUGACGGCAAGAUUUGCGUUUCAGAUGUCACCGAGUUUCAGGCCAGAUCCAUUCUGAUGGUAGCGAACAAGGAGAUGGAGAGAAGAGUGAUGACACCAACUGGUUCAGAACCAUCUUCUCCAAUGCUGCAAUCACCCCAUAACAUCUAUAGCCCUUCCUCUGGACUUUCCAUGAAAAGGUCGCUGCAGAGAUUUCUCCAGAAGAGGAAGAAUCGAGUCCAAGAAACAUCACCAUACAGUCACUAGCACAUGUUAAAUCAUCAAAAUCAAGGGAAAUCAAAUGAAAUUUGGGUUUACUUGUUGUAAGAGAAUUUGAGUAUGUUUGGUUAAAUUUAUCAACAAAAAAAAAA